GGAAACGGACGAGAAGUAUCCCCUUUUUGAUGAGGCCAUCAGGGGAGCAGGAGGUAUUCCCGUUUCGAAGAUGAACGUGAAAGGCCUUGCUCGAUUUAAGAACAAGCCGGCCAAGGAUCCGAAGGGGUCGGAUGCGGGCGGCCAAAAGCCCGUUGGUGCGUAUUUCAAGAAGCCCGAGGGCGAUGUUGCGGCCGCGAAGAGGAAAACGACGACAAAGGAAUCCCCCCCGGCUACCAAGAGAUCGAAGAAGGGGGACGCCACGAAGAAGGACCCCCCGAUAGUGAUCGUGGAUGAGCAUUCAACCUCCG